GCUGAUCUGAGAAAAAUGCUCCUCUGGCUUUUUUUGGUGUUGUCCAGUCCAGCUUCUUCUACGGAUCCAGAAACGGAGGCCUCGGUGGAAAUUUGCAAUGUUUGUUCCUGUGUGUCAGUGGAGAACGUCCUUUACGUCAACUGUGAAAAGGUGGCCGUUUACAGACCCAACCAGCUGAAGCCCCCUUGGUCUUAUUUAUAUCACCUCAACUUCCAGAAUAACCUGCUGAUUAUCCUGUACCCAAACACAUUCCUUAAUUUUAGCCAUGCGGUGUCUCUGCAGCUAGGAAAUAAUAAGCUACAGAACAUUGAAGGAGGAGCGUUUAUGGGUCUCAGCGCAUUAAAACAGCUACACUUGAACAACAAUGAAUUAAAGGUUCUUCGUGCUGACACUUUCCUUGGCAUUGAGAACUUGGAGUAUCUCCAAGCGGACUACAAUUUAAUCAAAUAUAUUGAGCGGGGAGCCUUUAAUAAACUUCACAAGCUCAAAGUCCUCAUUCUUAAUGACAACCUGAUUUCUCUCCUACCUGAUAAUAUUUUCCGAUUUGCUUCUCUGACCCACUUGGAUAUUCGGGGCAAUCGCAUCCAGAAAAUGCCCUACAUUGGUGUCCUGGAGCACAUUGGGCGCAUUGUGGAAUUGCAGCUGGAGGACAACCCGUGGAAUUGCACCUGUGACCUUCUUCCUUUGAAGGCCUGGCUGGAGAACAUGCCCUACAACAUCUACAUCGGCGAAGCCAUCUGUGAGACCCCCAGUGAUCUCUACGGGAGGCUUUUGAAAGAGACCAACAAACAAGAACUCUGCUCCAUGGGGACGGGGAGCGAUUUUGAUGUCCGAAUCCUGCCCCCUUCCCAGCUGGAUCCUGGCUUCAGCACUCCCAACGGCCACACCACCCAAACCACGAUGCAUCGGUUGGUCACCAGACCUCCCAAAACGACCAACCCUUCCAAAAUCUCUGGAAUCGUGGCUGGGAAACCUUUCUCCAGCCGCAACCUCAGUCAAAUCGUGUCUUUUCAGACCAGGGUGCCCCCUCUGACCCCUUGCCCACAUCCCUGCAUUUGCAAAACCCACCCUUCGGACUUGGGAUUAAGCAUCAAUUGCCAAGAGAAGAAUAUCCACUCCCUGGCCGAGCUGGUCCCUAAGCCUCUGAAUGCCAAGAAAUUGCACGUUAAUGGCAAUUACAUCAAGAACGUGGAGGUGUCCGACUUUGUUGAGUUUGAAGGGCUGGAUUUACUCCAUCUGGGCAGCAAUCAGAUUGUGGUCAUCCAAGGGGAAGUUUUCCACAACCUGACCAAUUUACGGAGAUUGUAUCUGAACGGCAAUCAGAUCGAGCGGCUGAGUCCUGAGAUGUUUGCCGGGCUACACAAUCUUCAGUACCUCUACUUGGAAUACAAUGUCAUUAAAGAGAUUUUAGCUGGCACCUUUGACCUGAUGCCCAAUUUGCAACUCCUCUACUUAAACAACAACUUGUUGAGAAGUUUGCCUGCCUACAUUUUCUCCCGGGUACCGCUCGCUCGGCUGAACCUGCGCAACAACCAUUUCAUGUACUUGCCUGUGAGCGGUGUGCUGGACCACCUGAAAACCUUGACCCAAAUUGACCUGGAAGGGAACCCCUGGGACUGCACCUGCGACUUGGUGGCCCUGAAGCUGUGGCUGGAAAAACUCAACGACGGCAUUGUGGUGAAGGAGCUCAAGUGCGAGACUCCCGUGCAGUUUGCCAACAUCGAACUGAAGUCGCUCAAAAAUGAGAUCCUGUGUCCCAAACUCCUCAAGUCGUCUUUCUUCACCAGCCCGGCCCCUGUGCUGACCUUCACAACUCCUUUGGGCCCUGUCCGCAGCCCUCCUGGUGGUCCGGUCCCGCUUUCCAUCCUCAUCUUGAGCAUCUUGGUGGUCCUGAUUUUGACAGUCUUCGUAGCUUUUUGCCUCCUGGUCUUCGUUCUCCGUCGCAACAAGAAGCCCUCCUCCAAGCACGAAGGCCUGGGCAACCCCGAGUGCACUUCGAUGCAGCUCCAGUUACAGAAGCACGAUCACACGGCCCAGAAAAAGGACACCUUGGGGGCCGAGUCCUUCAUCCCGCAAACAAUCGAGCACAUGAGCAAAAGACACUCGUGUGGCUUAAAAGAAGCCGAGACAGGUUUCAUGUUUGCCGAACCGGUGAGCCAGAAAGUCAUCCUGAGAAACAACAGCGAGAAGGAGAAAGAAUUGCUCCACACGGAUAUCCGGAAAAGACUGAGUACCAUUGACGAACUGGAUGAAUUAUUACCGGGGCGGGAUUCUAAUCUCUUUAUCCAGAAUUUCCUGGAGAACAAAAAGGAGUACAACAGUAUAGGGAUCAGUGGCUUUGAGAUACGCUAUCCAGAGAAACAGCCGGACCGAAAAAACAAAUCUUUAAUAGGAGGAAAUCACAGUAAAAUAGUGGUGGAACAGAGGAAAAGUGAAUAUUUUGAGCUAAAAGCUAAACUUCAGGGCUCCCCGGAUUAUCUGCAAGUCCUCGAAGAGCAAACGGCUUUGAAUAAAAUCUAG